GGACCGCCGGUCCGCCCCGCCCCGCCGCUUCCUCUGCGGCCGCGGGCACUGAGGCAGCGCGAGGCAGAGGAGCCGGAGCCCGCGAUCAGGCAGCGGCGGCAGCUGCGGAGGCGAUGGCAGGGAAAGAAUUGGAGCGAUGCCAGCGGCAGGCAGACCAAGUGACGGAAAUCAUGCUCAACAAUUUCGACAAGGUCCUGGAACGCGAUGGGAAGCUGUCAGAGUUGCAGCAGCGCUCAGACCAGCUCCUGGACAUGAGUUCUGCCUUCAGCAAGACAACCAAGACUUUAGCCCAGCAGAAGCGCUGGGAGAAUAUCCGGUGCCGGGUCUACCUGGGGCUAGCCGUGGCUGGCGGCCUUCUCCUCAUCCUGGUUGUGCUUCUGGUCAUCUUUCUUCCGAGUGGAGAGGACAGUAGUAAACCAUAGGCCUAGGAUGCAGGCACGGCCUUAGGGACUGGGGCCUGACCCAGCCUGGCCUGAAGGAAAGGCUGAAUGGCUGCACUGGCCUGUUCUGGUCUCCAGAGAAUCCUGGUGUUUGCUUCCAUCUAGGACACCCCACUGACUGCUGAAGGGCAUGCUGGAUAUGUGCACCUCUGCGUCUCCCAUCAUGCCAUGGACUGGCCCUAUUGGGCCACACCACUGGAGCUCAGUAAAAGCUGCUGUUUGGUUAAAAA